AGUCUGAAACACUAAGCAGCUCAGAUGUCUGGUUUAUGUGACACUAGGUACUUUUGAUUUACAAACCACAAGCAACAGUCACAUACAGUUUAUUUAAAGCCCUUUCCCUCUUGAAAUGUUCUUCUGGAUGAUGUGUUGAAAUGCUCAUCCAAAUUCUACAGAGACUGAGGUCAUGGAGAUUGUGGGAUCGCCAAUUGGAAGAUGAAACUAUAGAGCUCCUGCAGUACAGAAGGUAGAGUGUUACUCAUUAAUCUUAUGCCAGGAGGGAGAUAUUACAAUACAGCUUUAUUUCUUCAUUUAUGGGUUACAAGAGCAGCAACCUUUUUGGAAAAUAAAAAGUCUAUUAUCUUGGAUACAAUUGAGGGUUCUAUAUAAACAGCAAUUCAGUGGCAAAGUAGUACAAGUAGUGAAAUAUGCAGGAUCAGCUGAUAAUUGUUAAGAGAGAUAGAUAGAUAGAUAGAGAGUUCAGCUGUUGCUGCCUAAAUUUUGUAAUUCAAUGUGCUGCUUAGUGAAUACCCCCCCAACCACAUAUAUACAAUAAAACUAGCUAGUACUUGUGUAUAUACCAUUGAUACCAUUCUUCAGCAUGAUUAACCAAGCUGCAACCAAUUUUCUAAGCCUCAAAAUUCUCUAUAUAGCAAAGUGCUCACAGUAAAAUAUUAUUUUGUACACCUUUGUUUCAUCAGAUUAGAGAUAGCUCGACUGAUAUAAUCUUCAGUUGUUGGCACGUUAUCAUUUAUUUCAGAUAGCAGCCUAUAUAACAGAGGUUGCAAUCAUCAAUCAUUAAUAUAACUAUUAAUGGCUUACUGUAUGACACAAUGGGUUUCCAAGUUGUACAGUUGGUUCAAUUCUUGCCAAGCCAACAUGGCCUGAGGGAUGUUAUCUACAGCAAUAUGUUUAGUAAUACUAUCUCAUUCCAUGUGUUGUAUAAACAAAGCUGUUAAACGGAUAUCAAUCAUCUCUCUAUUUAGUAUUUAGACAACACUUAACAUGUAAUCGUUACACAGAAAUGACCUUGAUCUGCUAGAAAAGUAUAAUGUCUGAUCCCUGCAGCUGUGACCAUGUAGACAAAAUUAAUGUAGUUCAUCGUAUUUGGACUGAUGGGUUCCAUUCAAUUGAUAAACAGGAAAGGUCUUGGUAUUUAGAAAGAAUCAGUAUAUCAGUAUGAAUAUUCUAUAAAUAAUAUAAACAGUGCAGCUAUAACUAAACAGAAAGGGUCAAUGGAGUUGAUUGACAGCUUUAUUGGUACUGCUCUCUAUGUCAAUAUGUUCCUAAAUCAAUGGAUUAUACUUCUAAAUGUAAUAACGCUAUAUUCACCACCCUGGUGAUGACAGCUGGCCCAUUAAUCUUCCCAUCAUUUUGGAUGGGCAAGAUGGUUAAGCGAGAAUAUCUCCAGCAAUAAACUUUCCAUAUGAAUUCUGGAUUAAUAUCUAUUGUGACAUAUUUUGAUUAAACAGAUUUACAUAUAUGAAGACCUUCGAGUACGCUUUAUCCUGGAUCGUGUGUGUAUAUACCGCUAUAUAUAUAUAUAUAUAUAUAUAUAUUGAAUGGUGUCAAGCUUCAUGUUGAAAUAUUGAACCAAAAUUAUCUGUAAGACUAUAUUGUUUUGAUUUUUUGUUAAGGAUACAAGAGUCACCACUACUUCUGGCAGCAAAAGAAAACAAUGUUACACGAUUAAAGGAACUUCUUAAAGAUGGCAAAUGGCACCAGAAUGAAAGAGGUCUGUAUCAUGGCAUCAUCACUGGUAAGAGGUGUACAGUAUACAGUACAGGGGUAAAACAUUGUUUUUUGUGUGUUUAACUUGCCUAAAAUAUACUUGGUGGGUGUCUAGUUUCCAAAUUGUCUUUUGUAAUUUAAAUUGUGUUGAUGAGUGGCUUCUAGUUUAUAUUGUAUCUGUUAUUUUGUUUGUCUAGCCCAGGGUUGUCAAACAUACGGCCCCCCAGAUGUUGCUGAACUACAACUCCCAUGAUUCCCUGGCUAUCUGUUUCAUUGAAAGAAUCAUGGGAGUUGUAGUUCAGCAACAUCUGGGGGGCCGCAUGUUUGACAACCCUGGUCUAGCCUAUAUUAACCCCUUAAGGACACAACUUCUGGAAUAAAAGGGAAUCGUGACGGAAUAUUUCCGUCAUGUGUCCUUAAGGGGUUUAGAAUGCUGUUAUGUGUUUCUUGUUUACGUUUAUGUGUGAUCCUGGUUUAAAUUGUACAUACUGUUUUUCAUAUUUACUUUAUAAUUAUGCACGUGUAUGUAGCAUUAAUCUAAUUAAUACUGGGCUUGUGGUUUUAUGUCUUUAAUAUAUGAUGUAUGUUUUUUAUGUAAAUAUUAUAUGUGGAGUUCAAUAGAUUUUGAUAUUAGAUACAUACAUUGCAGGAUUGGUUUUAAAUGUAAUGUGGAGUUAAAGUACUUGCAGUAUACUGAAUAAACUGUCUUUAUUUAAUGUAUUGAUAGGAGCUGUGGGUGAAACAUCGCUGCAUGUGGCUGUCCAACACAAUAGCCUGGAAGCAGUACAAGUUCUAUUAGAAGAAGCACCAGAGCUAAUUAACCAGCCAAUGACCUCUGAUUUCUAUCAAGGUAUGGCAAACAAUAAUUAUUUAUCCUUUUACGUACACAUACACAUCCUACCUCAUUCCUCCUUUCAUCCACUCACUUAUUCUACCUUAUUUUCUGUAGUCCCAUAAGCACAUACUAUCUGUCUAUAACAUAUUCUUUCUAUUUCUCUGAUGUUUUUACUUUCCUUCCUUAAUUCCUAUGUUCAUCCUCUAGCAAUUUUUCAUACUCUUGCAUACUCAUCCUAUCUUCCCUCCUUUCUAUUCACAUAUCUUACUUUUCGUCUCAUAAAUUUCAUUAUUUCUUCUCCUCCUAUACAUACCUUUAAUCUAAAUAUACAUCUUACCUUCCUUUAAUACCAUACCAUCAUUAUCCGUAUUUCUCUACUGCUUGAUCUUCGCCUAUUCCUGCUUAUGCGUUGGUCCGAUUUUCAGAUUGUGUUCUAUAUUUACCCUUGCUAUGCCUGGCCACUCUAAGAACUGCUAAUUAGUUUUCUCCACUUAGUAUAGAACCUGCUGUGCCUUAUGUUUUCAUGUUGGGGUAUAACUGCCUUGACAGUUAAAAAACCUCUUAAGGUGAUACUCACAACUCACAACAUAGGUGUACUCUAGGUGUAUUUAAAAACAGCAAUUUAGUGAUGUUGUGAUACAUACAACCAACAGCGUGAUAUAUAAAUAUAAUUGCAACCUUGUAAAAUCACAACUUUGGUAUCUAAAAAGGAGACAAAAAAAGCAGAAGGAACGCCUAUUGCAAUAAAGUUACAAAACAUAAAAUAAAUAUAUAAAUCUGUAGGUCGUCAAUUCACAAGUUGAGAGUGGUUAGAGCACCACUCAAAGCUAUAACACCCAGGGAGGAUCAGCCACUUGAGUGUGUGGGAUCCAAUAGAUGCACUUGUGACCAGGGUUGCAGAUAAGUGAAAAUUCCUUUAUUCCAAGUAUAAUAAAAAACAUAUGCAGAAAUGGUAGAAGUCCACCAUUCACUCACCAGCCCUUGGGAAUAGGGACAUCUUCUGUGAGGUAUACAGGCUGUAACAGCCGUCAUUCAUGUUCCUGAUCGUGGCUGGCUUCCGCGUUUCUGGUUCAUAAUGCAUUUUGCCCUUCCUCUUGGGGCUUUCUCAAAUGAGCAGUGGGAAUAUCAUCCGGAAUAUAAGGAGCUGCAGCAGCCUGGCAGACAGCACAGGUAUUGUUUCAAGAACUGACGAUUGCAUCACGGCUAGGAGCUCUACAAAUAAAAGACGAUUAGAAGUGAGAGGAUGCACUGCUCAUUUGAGAAAGCCCCAAGAGGAGGGGUGAAACGCAUCACGGACCAGGAACGCAGAAGUGUUUGAACUGUCUGCACCAGCAAAACCAGCCACGAUCGGGAACAAGGACGGCUGUUACAGCCUGUAUACCUCACAGAUGAUUUCUCUAUUCCCAAAGGUUGGUGGGCGAAAGGUGGACUUGUACCAUUUCUGUAUAUGUUUUUAUUAUACUUGGAAUAAAGGAAUUUUUACUUAUCUGCAACUCUGGUCGAAAGAGCAUCUACUGGAUCCCACAAAUUCUAGGGGCUGAUCCUCCCUGGGUGUUAUAGCUAUGAGUGGUGCUCUAACUACUAUUAACUUGUGAGUUGACGACCUACAGAUUUAUAUAUUUAUUUUAUGUUUUGUAUCUUUAUUGCACUAGGAGUUCCUUCUGCUUUUUUUGUGUCUCCUUUUUAGAUACCAAAGUUGUGAUUUUACAAGGUUGCAAGUAUAUUUAUAUGUCACACUGUUGGUUGUAUGUAUCACAACAUCACUAAAUUGUUGUUUUUAAAUACAUCUAGAGUACACCUUGGUUGUGAGUUGUUAAUAUCACCUUAAGAGGUUUUUUAGAUAUCCACAGAGGGUUUUUCUUAAUCCUGCGCACCAUCACUUCCAUUUGCUACUUCAUUUAAAUCUCAUUACCAAGAUUUUGUGUUGGUUGUGGCAAUUGUUAUUUAAUAUUGUGCAAUUAAUGGUAAUUUUUUGCGCCAUCUUAUUUAUAGACGAAUAUAUUGCCUUGACAUUAACCUACUCAUUUUACUUUCUUAUGGUCACCUAAUGACAUAUUGUUGCAUGAUCUCCUAUAUUUCUUUAGGUAUUUUAGUUUACACCAUAAGUUGAGUAGGAUAACAAAGACAUAGAAGGCAAUGCUUCAACUAUAAGGAUUAUCUUCCAACUGAAUACAUUUCCUCAUAGUAAAUAUGUUUCCCUUACAGGACAGACAGCUCUACACAUUGCAACUGUAAAUGAGAACAUAAACCUGGUCCAGAUGUUGAUAGAGAAAGGGGCUGAUGUUGGUUCACCUCGCGCUAUUGGAACAUUUUUUGCACUAAGUCCCAAGAACAUUUUUUACUUUGGUGAGCACACGUAAAAUAAUACGUCGAAUUGCAAUCUAGUCAAGACUAGACAGACGCCUGUAUAAUUUUCCAUAAUACUGAUUUUUAUUGUUAGCUUCUAGCUUUCUCAGAGGUUGCAGAAGAAAAGAAAAUUAUACUAAAAGUAGGACAGUUGAGAUAGCUUGUAGCAUAAUACGAAAGGUAAUAAAGAUUUAUUACACUCACAUAGAAACUUGGCUAUAGAUGUAUGUUGAUGGAAGAUAAAAUCGAACUGUCCGGUCUAGCCUGCCUUCCUUGUCCAUUUUCCAUUAUCCAGAGAAUAUGCACAUCUCAUAUACAGCUAGCCAUAUGCAAUAUAUAUUAGGGAACAUAAAUUAAUUAUAAUGUAUAAGUGUGUCAACUAAGAUUAAAGUGAUGUAACAAAAUUUCUACUCCCAGGGGAACAUAUUUUAACCUUUGCUGCAUGUGUGGGGAACGCUGACAUUGUCAAGUUACUUCUAGACCAUGGAGCAAAUCUCCGGGCUCAGGAUCGUUGGGGUAAGAGCUGAAAAGUGAAUAAAUCAUAGGUUAAGAUACAAGACAGCUAAAACUUAAAGGAACACACCAAUCACCAUAACCAACACAGAAAGCUGUUGUGAUUGUGGUGCUUGGGGUACUUCUUAAACACUGGACAUGAAAGACAAAGAGUGCGGUUCUGGAACAAACAAUCUGAAACUAGAGUAUAGACUCUCUGAAUAUUGAACAACCAAGGAAAUUAGUGCUAUAGACCAGGACAUUCAUUCAGAACAAUACAAAUAUGUGUCUCAAAAGUUUAGUCAAACAGAAAGUGUCUAGAGAAUUUGGACUUCAUCAUUUGACUUUAAAUAAUUCAAUAUUUGAACCUUUUUGACAUCCAUUGUCAGCAUACACUUUUGUUGAAAAUGUCAAGGUAAUUUAAUAAAGUGUAUUCUCCCAAGAUGAAUUGAUUGAAUUUCCAAUUUAAGUCCAAAGUAGAUGAACUGGAAGCAUAGCUGUCUUGGAGAUUUUUUUCAGUUCAGGUAUUUUAACCUGAAGUUUAAAAUUCACUUGGAAUUCCCGACAAUUCUUCAUUAAACAAUAUUAAAUAUGAUCAUUUAUCUUAUAAUCCUAGAGGAACUAUUUGCUAUUUGCAAGUUCUAAAUUACUAUAUGAGGAAGUUAAGUAUUUUAUAGUUUAUAGGUGACGAAAAUAAAUGAUGGCAUGACAUACCAAAAAUGUUGCCACUUUAACUUUAUAGUACUUCAAUUUUUUUAAAUAUAGUGGAUUUUUUUUUUUUUGGUAAUAUACACAAAUCAAUCUUCUCCAAAAGUGAAAUAAUCCCUUAUAUAAUAGAAAAUCCAUAAAUUGCGAAACUUUACACAAGUGUGUAAAAAAUAAUCGUGACCCACUAAGUGAAUUUUUUUCUGUUUUAUCAGGUAACACUGUCCUGCACAUUCUUGCUCUCCAGCCUAAUGCAGCCAUGUGCUGCCAGGUGCUUGACUUUCUGCUAUCCAAUGACGUCAGGCCAGUUGGACGACCUUUGGAAGAGAUUCCCAACAAACAGGGACUCACACCAUUGAAGUUGGCUGCCACUGAAGGGAAUGUGAUUGUGAGAUUCUUAUUCUUGAAGCAUUUAGAGGAUUUGGAAUUUGCUUUGGUUUUUUUUUCUACAUUUUUAUCAUUGGUUCUAGUGGACAAUUGCCUUCAGAGUAGGCAAGUAGGACCAGGGACUUGGCCAUCAUUAGGCUCACUAAUUUAGCAGGAUUUAGAUAGCAUCGUGUGAGGGUCAAUAUUCGUAUUUCUAUCUUCACUGGUUCUUAGGGGGUGCUUAUAAAACUCAAUAUUUUUAAUGAGGCACAAUAUUUACUUUUUAAUGUAUUUAGGUUUGACUCUUGUUGAUGUGAUUGUCUUUGUUAGAACCAUUUACUGUCACAGCUAUUUAAUAUUCCAUAUGAGGCCCCUUAUACAUCACAACUUUACUAGAUGUUUCAGCACUUGGUACAGAAGAAGAGGAAGGUCCAGUGGAAUUUUGGUCCUGUUACAUCCAUUUUGUAUGACUUGACAGAACUUGACUCACUUGAUAAGGAGCAAUCUGUUCUGGAGCUAAUCGUAUCCUCAAACAAAAGUAAGGUAGGAAGGAAUCUUAUCUGUAUCUUGUUAUUAACUCAAUGGUACUGCUGGAGGCUGUUGAAUAUUAACCAUUCCUUAUUAAUCCUUUCUAAUUAAUUUUGUUUGUUUUUUCUGUAUCAUUAUUUGUUUUAAUUUUGAUUCCACUUUACUUAAAAUAUAAUCAGAUAAGGUGUCUGUAAAUUGAAUUUAUGAUUUAAACUCUUAAAAAUAGUAUUUUCUUGUUAAAAAAAAUAUUGCUUCCUGUACCUCAUUGUCUGUCUGAGCAUCAUUGGAAAUGUAGGUCACAAAGAUGGCAAAUAAAGUGCUAAUUAAACCACAAUACCAUAAUAAUCUCUCAACAAUGUAUUAGGCCUGAGGGUAGGAGAUGUAUUUCUGUUACUGAUUCCAUGACUAGGUUCUGAUAAUUCCUGCAGUUAUGAGCGUUUAUUGAUAGAGUUAAAGGGACACUGUAGGCACUUUAUUUAAUCUCAUUGAAUUGUUUAUAGUGCUUAGAGCCACUAGCGAUGACCUUCCAUUCAUUGUUAAACCAUUUUGAGCAAUUUCACAUAAUAUAAUAGUCCCUGGCCCUGUAGCCAGGCCCCUACAUCCUUGUUAGCAUACCAGUUCAUACCAGUUAUGGACACUGUGAUAAAGGCUCUGACUCUCGCUGAAAUGUUGCCUCUGUUUCAAUUAAAAUCUGUCUUUGGAUUUUACCCUGUGAGUGCCAGAAAAGCUUUCAAUUCUUCACACCAUGGACACUGUGAUAAACUGAAAGUGGUCAGCUCAGCUUGUUGCUCAAUGGAUAGUGAACUCCGAACACUAAAACCACUUCAAUAAAUUGGAGCAGUUACAGUGUCCCUUGAAGUGAGGUGAAAUUUUCAGUUUCAAACUCUCUUUAGAUGAAUGUUUGAAGAAAUAUUGGUUAUUUCUGUAAAUCAAAAGCAAAGUAUCAUGCAAACCAUCUAAAAUAUAUUAUUAAAUUGGUACAUUCUUGGUCAAGUUGUAUCUAUUGCAUAUCUUUCAACUGUCUGACCUACAAAGUCCUAACGCAGACUCCACCAUAAUGUGGUGAUCUGCCAUGGCCAACCUUCACUGUUAUCAUGAAAUCCUCUGCUGUUCUUAUUAAAGCUUCAACUUUAAGAUUGCUUCCAUAGUGUUUCUACCAAGGGAAAUCCACCAACUCAUCCCAUCAUCCUCCCCUCAAUGUUUUCAAAUUAUAUGUUCCUAAAAUGUACAUAUACAGAAGUAUGACAUCCUAAACUCUACACUUUGAUGCAUAAUUAUUAAUUUAUCCAAUAUUCAUGUCUCAUGGAAACACACAUACUGAGAUUCAUAAACCUCACACUGUUUUUAAAAUCUCUUUUUUUGGUACUCCAUCUAAGUUCUAGUUAAGCAAUGGUAUUUUUUAAUUAUUAUGUCAUGGCCUGUCAAGCGAAAAAGUAUUUUUAAUAUUUCUUCUUUUAAUCUACUUAAAGACGCUCCAAAUAUUGAACUUGGCGCCAAUUAAACACCUGUUGAAAAAGAAAUGGCGCAGAAAUGGCCGUCCAUAUUUCUGGUUCCUGGCAAUUGUCUAUGUGCUGUAUAUGAUCUGUGUUUCCCUUUGCUGUGUCUAUCGACCACUUAAACCAAGAGAACCUUCACCUGAUAAUUUGACCAACCCCCGAGACAUCACAUUGUAUGUACAGAAAACAUUUGAGGUAACUUACACUAGUAUAAUUCAGCAUUCUAAAAAUAAAUUUUACAUAUCAACAUUCCCUCUGUCACCCCAAAAAAUGUUUUAGGGAAAAUCUUGACUUUGAUUUAAUAUUUUUAGAUAAGAUUUUCAGGUUGAUCACAAUAUGUUAAAAAAAAAAAAAAACUUUUCAAAUUAUUUAUCUCGAGAAUCACUAUUAAAAUCUAUAAGAAUUUUUGUAGAUAAAUUCUUUUAUAACAGAUUUAUGAUUAUUUGAAAAGCUUAUUGAAAAAUAAUACAUUUAGGACUUAGAUGAAAACAAUUGAAUUGGUGGGGAGGACAAAGCUAAUGACAUAAAUAUAAGUAAAAACAUUCCAUUAGGUCAUUAUUAGUAUCAGAUAGGUGUCAUGUAGUAUGCAUCCUUUGUCUCAGGUAAAAGGCCCAAGCUUAGAGAAUUGCAAGUUUAGGGUACAGGGCAUGAAUGCAACAGUAAAACAACAAAUCUUUAUCUCAUUGCACAGCACGUCAGAAUAUGUGGCAACUGCAUAAAUAAAAAACACGUCAAUAGUUGUUACAUUUAAUUUAUUUUGGAAUUCUCUAAUUUUAUUUGCAUGUCUAAAUUAUGAAUUUUGUGCACUUAGCUUGUGUUUUAUUAACCAUAAGUUUAUUAUUUAGAAAAUGUGCUAAACUCAACAAUAAGGGUCAAGCAUUAUACAAGUAGUUUCUUUGUUCCGUAGACAUUCAGGACGUGGUCCACAUAUUAAGUCUUUGCCAUUUUUUGUUAUCAUUUUGUUGAAUUUUUUUUAAUGAUAAUUACAAUGUGUAGGUGAAAAGAAACAAAACAAAAUUGUCAUAAAGAACAAACUGUCCAGAAUAAAUCUUCAAAUAGUCCCCCCUUCCAAAGAACAAGAAGAGACCUAAUAUGGUCUGGAGUUAGAGUAGUUUUUACCCCUUUGACCCCUCCUCUUUCAAAAUAAGAAUAAAUCUUUCUCCCAAAAAUCUAUAUAAAAUGUACAAAAAAAGCAACACAUGCAGCUAAAAAAUAAAACAUGGUGCUCACAAUCUAUGGGUUCUCCGAUGUUGUGGACAGGUUCUAAACAUAUUACGUUAACUUUAGAGCUAGUGCAAUGACAAGUUGUAAGGCACUCAUAGUUAAAUAUUUUCUAGGAAUCUUACCUCACCCGGGACGAUCAUCUUCGAAUGUGUGGAGAGAUUGUAUCUGUUAUCGGGGCAUUUGUACUUCUUCUGCUAGAGGUAAGACUUUUGAAAACAAUAUUUUAUUUUGUGGGCAAUUUAACUUUUAAUAUUUUAACCUUAACACAUAGUAAAAGUAUUUGAACUACUUCCAGUACAGAUUUCACAAGUGUAGUAUUCAAUAUUCCUGAAAAUGUACAUUUGACUAAUUAAUGACGAUUUUAAAAAAUAAAUAAGUAAUACAAAUUAAUAGAUUGGAGAUUUUUUUCAGGCCUAAACUGCAGAAUUUGGGCUGAUUGAGUGAUUAUUCAAACAUGCUUAGUAAAUAUAUAAUACAUAAAUAUAUAAAUACAGAUUUUUCUACCGUUUCACCUGUUUUUCCUUCUUUUGGUUACUUUUUGUCAGAUGAUCAGUGAACUAGUGGUGUGCACAGGGUAAAAUUUGUUUAACUUUGUUUAAUUAAUUUUUUUAAUUUUGAUUAAUCUGAAAUUAGGAAAAUAUAAAUUCAGACUAACUGAAUUUUGUCUGAAAAUGUACAUUUCCAAAAUUUAGACGCCCAUUAUUCCAAAGGGGAAUAAUUGAAGGUGGCCGUUACAAAGUUGUAAAGUACCAAUUACGGAAGGAGAAGAAAACAACUUUCCAGAAAGAAAUCUUAAAGGCACCAAUAUUAACCAUCCAAAACAGACAAAUAGAUCCUCCAGAAUAUUUAGAUUAUUGACCAGUAUCAGUGGUAAUUGUACAUAUAAAUAUACAAAUACAACUGAUGAAAUCAGGUCUUAUGAAGAAAUUAUUCAGCCUGUGUGAACAUAUGGAUUCCUAAUACAUUGCUUGAACAGGAAAGACCUGUACUUAGAAAUCCUUUCAUACCUUUUAAGAAAAGCACUGGUCAGAGUCAGCUGGGAAGUUUAGCAGAUAAUUUAGUGCAGGUUAGUAUUGAAAGGCCACUGAAAGGACACAGUUCUGAUAAUUAUAUGUUACAUUUUCCCUGCUACAAAUCAGUCAUUCUCCAUGGAAAAAAAUAUACUGCCAAUCUCAAAUUUCAGUACUUAUUAUUAUUAAUAAAAUGAUUAGAACAAGAUGAAAAAAACUAUGCCUGACUAAAAAUGUCAUUGAGAAAGAUUAACUGUGUAUACAGUAUCUACGGAGGAAUUAUCAGAUCUUUUGUGCAGACAAAAGUAAAAAAAAGUAAAAACAGGUUGGCCAAAAAAAUAUAAUAGUAAAACAAAAUAAAAAUAGUAAAUAGUCAAUGUAUUAAAAUAUAAAAUAAAAACAUAAGCCGAAUAAACUAAAAAGUGAUUGCAUUAAAUAUAGUAAAGAUACAAAGUCUUUAGAAAUGGGUAUGGAAUAAACACCACUUAAAUGGUAGUAGAAUACAACAGAAGUUCCCAAAUAUACAGCCUUAUCUUGUUAAGGAAAACAGUAGGGAUUCUUGUUCCAUAAAGAGGUCCAUAUAAUCAUAUUAAAAAAAAAAUCAAACAAAAAGAUCCAAUAGGGUAGUAUAUCAAGACAAACAGAGCUUGUGCAAAAUGUAGUAGAGGCUUUAAAGAGCUAAAUGGACUAAGAACUAAGAUAUUGUAAUAGUGACAAAGCUGCUUCCUACUGCCACAUAUAUUAACUCUUAUGGCAUUACAUUUGUAGUUUAUUGUAUUAAGUCUAGUCUGAGCUAAGUUAUUUUAAAGUAUACUUUUCUAAUACUAAAAUAGUGACACCUGUCACAGCUUAUUGCCCGAUACAUGUACUAUUGUAUGGCCAUUUAGCAAAUCUGUUCUAGACAUCAAUUAUUCCACUAUAUAGAAGUUCCCCUCUCCUCCCCGAUAUUAUAUCUAGGGAACUACUGCUAUCAAAUUUGGUAUGACAACAAAGCCUUCAUAUUCUCUGAACAACAAAUACAUUGUAUGACCAAGGUUACACACACUGCAUUCAUACACAUACACACUGCAUUCAUAUACACACACACACACACACUGCAUUAAUACUCACACAUACACUGCAUUUAUACCCACACACACACUCUGCAUUAUAUACACACACACACACACUGCAUUCAUUAUAUACACACACUGUAAAUAAAUAUUCAAUUAAUAUAAUUUUGGGGGGAUCUAAUUUUAUUUAGAAAUUUACUAGUAGCUGCUGCAUAUCCCACCCUAGUCUUCUACUCGAGUCAAUAAGUUUUCCCAGUUUUUGGGGUUAAAACUAGGGGCCUCGACUUAUAUUCAGGUCGACUUAUACUCGAGUAUAUACGGUACUCAGUGGAUACAUGUGACAGAGCAAUGGUUCUGUUACUGGUCUGUCAUCGUGUCAGACCUAUACUGUUCCUUGUUUUGUCACAUGUGUCAGAUACAAUUACUAUGUUCACCUAUUGCUUUAUGUACAAAGAAACAUUCUAAAGGUAAAGUAGGAUUAUAUUGUGUCACAGUAAAUAAGUCAGGGACAAUGGUUGAUGAUUUACCCCUGCAGUGCAGACACUUCCUGUGUACACAAUUAGGGAAAAAGAGUGGGGCCUGUGUUUUGGAUUCAUUGUUUCCCCCUCAGUCUGGAAUUACCUGUACCUGAUGUCUUUUGUUAAUUAGCCUUUGAUAUUUUUUACAACAUUACCUAUUGUCUGGUGUACCUGUAAUUGAAUUACCUGUUUUAAAUUAGGCUCUCUAUUGUUUGAGAUUUAACAUACUCUAAUAUCUUUAAUUUUCUCCUGGGCAUCUCAUGUCCCUGAUAGAUCACUGUUGUUUAUGUGUUAUUUAGACCGCUUAUAUAUAUUUUAUCCAUUAACUUUAAAGUUUGUUUGUGAUUUACUAACAAGGAUCUUGUAUGUCUCUUGGAGCAUCCAGGUUUAUUGUCAUUUGUCAUCCACUAUAGAGUAAUUACUCAUAGAGAAUUUCCAAUGGACUAGAUAGAUAGAAUAUCCUAUACGAACCAGAGCUAUCAGUGCAGUACAUUCUGCAUUGCCGGUAGAUACACGACUCACAGUACCGGGUUUUAGUGCUUAGUGUAGAGGUUAGCUGCACAGGUUAGUGAAAGAAACCCACGGAUUAUAACAUGCCUGAACUACACCUUUUGCAGCAGAGAUGUCAGGAAGUGAACCAUAUCUUCCUAUAGGUUAGCCGAAAGCUCCAAUCACUUGCCUCCUGCAUCACCGUCAGAAUAUCAUACCUAAUUUCAAAGUCUCCCAUCGACUGCAUAAAGUCAAACUAAUUCAUCUCUGCUUUGUCCUAAGCAUCAAUAUAUCUACACACGUGCAGAAUCCAAAAGCCAGUUACAUGUGUACAACAUAUAACACAAAGUAUGAAAAAAACAUACAUGAACAAAAUUUAUAUUUUCAUUAAUUCAAUUUACAGUGAUCAAUACAAUAGAUCAGAGAUAUAAAUUCCAUAUAGAACGUGUAUUGCAUAUGAUUAAAAACCAUUCAUCUCAUAUCACAUUCUCGAAAUGUGUUAAUCAGUGGAACUUAAAGCCAUUUCGCAAACCUCCGCUGACUGUCUCAGUUAUUACUUGAAUAUACUUUAAAGCAUUAAUAGAAUAUGAAAACGUUUGUAAUUAUUAACCUAAUUUAGGGUAAAUAGAGCACACAGUCUGAAUGAAAAAAUUAAAUCUUCAUUAAUUUGACUUUAGAAGUUGGUGGUAAAUAGUUCUGCAUUAAAUAGUGUCACACAAACUAAAAUAAAUUUGUUUAUUUAGAUCUCUCAGGUACUGAGCCGUGGAAUGCAGUGCUGUUUCAGUUACCUGUGGGCAGAACCUUUCUGGAUUGUCAGGUGAGUAAAAGAUCUGUUAAAACCUUAUUAAAAAGAAAUCAUGUCUUCAAGUAGCUUUUUAGACAGUUGAAAGAGCUGGGGAAAAAAGUCCAUGUAAAGGAUGUUGAAAUGUAAUAAAUGUUAUACGUUACAUUUUUAUACAGAAUGUAGAUGAAGUUGGGAGUUCUGAAAAAACACACAUUCUAAACAGACUUUUCAAUACAGGUGCACAUAGCUUUCAACAUAAAUAAAAAUGUAAUCCACCUCUUUCUGAUUUGAUAAGAUCAACAAGGAAUUAAACUCAGUCACAGGAUACAUAAACAGGGUUAUUCACCAAAUUGAAAAUUCAAGGUGAAUUUGUGAAUUUUUCAAAUGUAACGGUAAAAUAGCAGAAUUGGGGAAAAAUAUCACUAAGUCAUUUAUGCUUUCAGUUGGCCUUGCAUUCACUUUUAAUAACAUUGAAUUCUAACUUUAGUAAAUAACCCAGAUUUUUUUUUCUUUCAAUGCUCAAUUCUCCAGGCUCAUUUCUUUGUCUAAGAAGCCUCUGUGCUUCAAGUAUUUCCACUUUCUAUAAACUACCAAGUAAAGACCCAAAAUAAGAAGUCAUAUCAGCUUCACUUAGUCAUUGUCUGUAAAAUAAGAUUCUGUCUCCUUAUUCUGCUAGAUUUUGUUUUUCUUUGAUGAUCCUGGUGAUUCUGGUUCUAAGAGUAACUAGCACUGAUGGAGAGGCGAUCCCGAUGUCCAUAGCUCUAGUGCUUGGAUGGUGUCAUGCCAUGUAUUUUGCACGUGGAUUCAAGAUGCUUGGACCUUUCACAAUUAUUAUUCAGAAGGUAACAGAACUAUCUUUAUCUCCUUGAUUACUCAUCUAUAUUAAGAUAUUAGUUCUUUCCUAACAUAAUUUGGGGAUUAAUAUCAAACUAAUUAAAAUAUGGUAUAAAACUAAAAUAUAUCAUCUCUGUUCCAUUCAGUUCCAUGCUGAUUCCUCCCCAAUGUUGCCUUAGAAUUUCUCUCUACCAAAAUUAGACACUGCAUCUUACAUCUGUAAAAAUUUCAAAUUGACAGUUUGAGUCUUGCAAAUCAUACGAUGGGAAUGUAUUACAUUGUUUUUUUUCAAUUAAAUGUUUCAUUUCCUAAUUGUAAUUUAAAUAUAUUUUUUUUUUAUAAGAAAUGUAAAUCAAAUUGAUUUCUGCUAAAACCUUCCAGCAAACAUUCUUGAGGUCUGCACAAAGGGAUAUGGAAAAAGUGGGAUUUGGAUCAUCUGUAUAAGGAAAUGUGAAAUCAGGAAGUGUUAAAUAAUUCUGGGAAAAGUUGGGUAACCAUUAGCUAUUGUGGACUACAUUUCUUGUGAUGUUAUUGUCUGGGUUGAUUUUUUUAUUAGUUGUGAUUAAUUCUGAGUGACCGCGAAAUAUUCACACAUUCUCUUUUUCACUCCAUUUCAGAUGGCAUCAAGUGAUCUCCUGACAUUUUGUUGGCUAAUGGCAAUGGUUGUAUUUGGGUAUAGCACAGGUAGGUAACAAUGUAUGCCACACAGUGAAAUCAACAGCCCUAAACAGUACCGUUUUCCAAUGUAGUAACAUCACAAUGCCUCACACAGAAACCCACCAACUACUGCUAUAUCCAUGGCCAGCGUGUCCAUAAGGCGGCACAAGCGGCCUCCUUAGGGCGCCAGAGCAGGGGGGUGCAAAAAUCCAAAUCCCCUGCCUCUGGCUGGGGACUCAGAUUUUUCAACUCUCCUCACUCUCCCUGCAGCCAGCACAGAACAGGCAGGAAGUCAGCGAGCGUCUCCUGAUGAUGUCAGGAGAAGGGGGCGUGAUUUCCACUGCUCUUCUCCCAGACUCCCCAGCAGAUCGCUGAGGAGUCUGGGAGAAGAGCAGUAGAAGUCACGCCCUCCUCCUGACAUCAGAAGAGGCCGGACAAACUUCCUGGCUGUUCUGUUCUGGCGAUCUGCAGGCUCCAGUGUCCCACCUGACCACCAGGGACAAGGCUUCCCCCUCCCUGGUCCAAGGUAAAACUCAGGGAGGGAGGAAUACAUUUAAGUUUUUUAUUUUAUUUUCUGUCCAAUUUUUUUUUAAGUAGCCCCAGCCCCCCUUCUACAGUUUCUGCCCCCCUCCCCCUGUAGCCCUUGUCCCCUCCUCCUGUAGCCCCCAAAUAUAGUCCAGCCACAAUAACUAUGUACAAAUCAACCACACACUGCACUUCUACCCAGUAUAGGCUCAUUACAAUGUCUCAUGGACCAACAUACUACCUUCACCACUGCUCCUUCUUAAAAUUGCGCCUGUCAAAGCCUCAUACAUGCAAACCACCCUCAUCACUAUAUUUUCCUAAGAAAAUCCAAUUUGAAAUACCACCUACACAAAUGACCAUGUUUUCCACUGGAGACCACGUCCUCCCAAUAUUGUUCCCAUCACAAUAUAAAGGAAUAGUAUAGUAGAAAAGAUAAUUUAUGUGUAUUCCCAAGUAUUUUGGGUUUCUAGUGCAAACUAUUAAAAGUUUUAUUUUAGAUACAUUUGACCCAUAACACUUUAUUUGUGUGAUAAUCAAUUGUUUGUCCUAUGUACAUUUCUGUAAUAUAAAUAUUGUAUUGACACAGACCUAGGAGAAAAUACAAAUUGUUAUUUUAAUUCAAACUCUUGAAGUGUGGUAAAAUUAACUAUGUCUAACUUAAUUUUUCUCUUUUUCUCUCUUUUCCAACCCUUCCAUUUUACUUGCAAUUUUCCAAUCCCUAUUUCCACCUUCUCUCCUUCUCCUGGAAAUUCCCUCUUUCAUUCUACUGCACAUUGUUUUUCCUCUUUUUGUCCUCCUGCUUAUUUCUCUUCCAGCUCUCUUUAUUGUUUUUCAGACAACAAAUCAAUCAGAUUGGGGAGUUUUCUAUCCCUAUACCCAGUCUCUGAUUAGUACCUACCAACUUUUCCUCAAUAUCCUCAAUGGACCUGCCAACUAUGAUGUUGACAUCCCCGAGAUGUACAGCUUCCUCUAUGCCUCCUUCUGUGUGAUUGCAUUCCUUCUCAUGUUUAACCUGCUCAUUGCUGUGAUGGGAGAUACACAGUCUGCCAUGGCUAAGAAAAAGGAGUUAUGGAAGGCACAGGUGAUAUACAGAAGACAUGAAGCAAGAAACUGGUUACAAAAAAAAAUGUGUGACUGAUCAUGAUUGCAUUGUGAAGUACACACAGGUCCCUCUACAUAUGUGUCCAGACAUUCUAUCACUUACUAGUAUAUCUAUAUGUAGAAAAUGAGUUUUAGUGAAGCGCCUUAUAUAUUUUCUUACAUUAAGAAAAUAUAUAAGGAUGAGAAAAGGGUUUGGAAAUAGGAAACCUAACAACCCAUUAUGUACAAUACAUAGAAAAAUGCUCUGGAUUAGCCUUAUUCUCUAAGCAUGUUACUAAUUAUAAAGUAACUGGCCAAAAAUCAAGAUCCAGACUCUGAUGAAUAUGGCACAAUCUCAAUUUGGAAAUAAAGAUAGAACAUAAAAAAUAUAUAAACCGGACUUAUUAUAAAAUAUUAGUUAAAGUCCAAUUAUGAAUCUUUGCAAAUUCCUUAAUCCAGGUAAUUCCAUUGAGUAUUUUUACUCCAUAAUGUAAGUCCCGAUAUAUGUAAGGAGAUAAAAAGAAAAAACAUAUAUAUGUAAGUGGUAUUCUACUUAAUUUGAUGAUUUAAAAUUACUUUAUUAGAGGCAUUCCUUAUAAAAAUAGAAACAAUUCCAUAAAAUAUAAAAUAUAAACAUAGACAAUCUGUGUCUUUGUCUAUUAUUAAUAUCUAAUACGUUGAAUACAUGUAAGUGCAGAGCCUAGAUCGAUCUCUUGGCAUCCAGAGUCAGCAGCGUUUUGUUGCUACACUGGAUUCAAAUCAAGGUUAGGAACGUACUAGAUGCUGAUUGUUAGUUAUGGGAGUCAGGUCCUCUCCAUAUAUAUCUAUAAAUUGUUCUAUCACUUACAUAUUUUGAGUACUGCUAGGAAAAUAAGAUAUCAUCAGGGAUUCAUAAGGUACUUCCUUUACAUGUAAACAUAUACCAAAGUAAAAUAAAGAAUUUAAUUUGUGUAAUUUGCAUAUUUCUUCAAAUGUUCUGCUUAAUAGCAUUAGUUUAUGGUUCCCCAAGACAUUAACAAAAUUUUUAGGCUUUAAGAAAUGACAGUCAUUACAGUGAGGGAAAAAAGUAUUUGAUCCCCUGCUGAUUUUGAAAGUUUUUCCACCGACAAAGAAAUGAUCAGUCUAUAAUUUUAAUGGUAAGUGUAUUUUAACAGUGAGAGACAGAAUAACAACAAAACAAAAAUCCAGAAAAACGCAUGUUAAAAAAGUUAUAAAUUGAUUUGCAUGUCAAUGAGUGAAAUAAGUAUUUGAUCCCCUAUCAAUCAGCAAGAUUUCUGGUUCCCAGGUGCCUUUUAUACAGGUAAUGAGCUGAGAUUAGGAGCACUCUCUUAAAGUUCUCAUAAUCUCAGCUUGUUACCUGUAUAAAAGACACCUGUCCACAGAAACAAUCAAUCAGAUUCCAAACUCUCCACCAUGUCCAAGACCAAGAGCUGUCCAAGGAUGUCAGAGACAAAAUUUUAGACCUACACAAGGUUGGAAUGGGCUACAAGACUGUUGCCAAGCAGCUUGGUGAGAAGGUGACAACAGUUGGUGCAAUUAUUUGCAAAUGGAAGAAACACAAAAUAACUGUCAGUCUCCGUUGGUCUGGUGCUCCAUGCAAGAUCUCACCCCGUGGAGUUUCAAUGAUUAUGAAAAUGGUGAGGAAUCAGCCCAGAACUGAUAUUGUUAAUAAUCUCAAGGCAGCUGGGACCAUAGUCACCAAUAAAUCAAUUGGUAACACACUACGCCUGAAAUCCUGCAGUGCCUGCAAGGUCUCCCUGUUUAAGAAAGCACAUGUACAGGCUCAUUUGAAGUUUGCCAGUGAACAUCUGAAUGAUUCAGAAGAGAACUGGGUGAAAGUGUUGUGGUCAGAUGAGACCAAAAUCGAGCUCUUUGGCAUCAACUCAACUCGCCGUGUUUUGAGGAGCAGGAAUGCUGCCUAUGACCCCGAGAACACCAUACCCACCAUCAAACAUGGAGGUGGAAACAUUAUGCUUUGGGGGUGUUUUUUCUGACAGGGCAACUGCACAGCAUCAAAGCUGAAGCACAUUAAGGUAUUGGAGUGGCUUAGCCUCAGCCUCCAAAAUCUGUGGUUGAGCUGAAGGUUCGAGUUGCCAAAUGUCAGUCUCGAAACCUUAAUGACUUGGAGAGGAUCUGCAAAGAGGAGUGGGACAAAAUCCCUCCUGAGAUGUGUUCAAACCUGGUGGCCAACUACAAGAAACAUCUAACCUCUGUGAUUGCCAACAAGGGUUUUUCCACCAAGUACUAAGAUGAAGGGGUCAAAUACUUAUUUCACUCAUUGAAAUGCAAAUCAAUUUAUAGCUUUUUUGACAUGUGUUUUUCUGGCUUUAUUUUUUUGGUUAUUCUGUCUCUCACUGUUAAAAUACACCUACCAUUAAAAUUUUAAACUGAUCAUUUCUUUGUCAGUGGGCAAACGUUCAAAAUCAGCAGGAAAUCAAAAACUUUUUUUCCCUCACUGUAAAUUAUGUUUAUUUGUAAGGGUAUACAUGAAAUAUAUUGUACCCAACUGUGUGAAGUUGAUAACAAGAGUCAAUGGUUAGUUAUCCUAUAUUUACAAGCAGUAUUCCCAUCUCCUUACCUAUUAAGUACAGUAUCCCAUGAAGUAUCUGCUAUACCAACAGCAAAUGUUCUUAUACCAGCACUUGCUAUCCAAACACCACAUUAAAUAGGUAAAUAAAUAAAAUGCCUAUGGGAGUUAAUAAGACCACCAUACUAAUAUGGUCUUGACCCCAUAAGGUUUGGUUUAUUUAUUUCAUUUUAACUUUUUUCAAUGUGGCAUCUAGCUAACCAUUGAUUGUCAGCCGCAACAUAAUUAGCCCUCACACAGCUGAGUUUUUUUUUAACUAUUAGCAUGCUGGCUCUUAGAGCUUCCAGGGGACAAAUACUUUAUCAGAUUAUCAUUAACUUGCAAAAAUACAAGUGAAUGAUAAUUUGCGAAUGUGCGUCCAGCCAGAUGCAUUUGGUUCUGAUUUUGGUAAAAUUUGUGCUCUGUGUAUAUUAUGAAUUCUAUCAUUUGUAUAGCGUUCGGAAGAGCAAUGGUUUUAAUCCAACUGGACAAAAUCAGGCGUUUAGUGAAUAACCCUGUCUGCUUUUUUAUUCUAUUGACAGAUCACCGACAUUACAUUAAUGAUGGAAAGGAAACUUCCGAAACGCUUGUGGCUAAGCUCACAAUUAUAUGAGCAUGACUUGGGUGGAAAAAGAUACCUCAGGUAAAUGUAGAAGAUAAAAGUACAUAAUGAAAAAAUAACAGUAUUAGCCAUAAUAAUAGUAAUUCACAUUUUUCUUGGAAAUUCCUUUUUCGCAUCAUUAAUAUUCUUCAGUUAAUGACAUAUGAGAUUUUACUCUAAUAUUGUAAUGGUGAUUUUUCCUGUUUUCUUUAUGCCAUUCUGGGUUAGUUAGUAAGUAGUACUGCAUGUUAAUGCUUGACUCUUGUUUUACUUCGAUGACGCCCACCUGAGAUGUGAAAUUAGAUGUUUUUUGUUGUUUCUUCUGCUGUGGCAGUUUGGAGGAGAGUAAGUGGCACCCUCUCCCAUAUUUAGAUGGAAGUGAAUCUAGUGACGAAUCAGACGAGGAUUUUGCAGAGUUCCUAAGAGAAGAGGACAUUAGUAUGGGCCCCUGAGCUGUAAAUAUUGGGAGUUAUCAGAUACCAGCUGGCGCAAUGGAGACUUGGAGAGAUGGGCUAUCUAAUAUAACAUCUGUGGAAGAGAAAUUAUAGAUAUGGAUUGUUCCUGUGUUUUUUUUGUUUUGUUUUCUUUCUUCUUUAACCAGAUUGUUUAACCGUGUUGUGUAAUCAUUGCUCCCCUUGAGGACAUACAAGGGAUCAGGCUAUCAGCCAUAUAGUUUAGAAAGUAUUUAAAAAAAAACAAAUUGGUGUUUGCACUGGAACAUAAUGUUUUUAAAGUGCUUAUGACACUGUGAAGGUGAAUCGCCCAAAGCCAUAGCUAGUUGAAAGUUAUUUAAAUGAAAGUUAGCUACUGGUUGUGUAUAUUUUGGGAGAAAAAAAAGAAUGGAUUAUAUUAUACAAUUUACUUUGUGAGCCUGAUUUACAAUGUUGCCAUAGGUGCAGUCUCUGUGAUGGCACAUGUGUGCAUACUGAAUUUUUCUGCAUAUACCCAGUGUACUUGUGUGAAUCCAAACACACAAGUGCACCCAGAAUGUCAAGAUGCAUUGACAUCACCAAAGUCACAGAAUUGCUGUAGUGACAAUUACUUUAUCUGCACUGCUCACCCCAGUAAAUGUUUCAGUAGUGUUUACUUGUGUAAGAGAACAAGAUAAAUGACAGCUGUUCUAACAGGACCCCUGUGAAGUUAAAAAUUCAUUAAUACAACCUGUAUAAUAGAGAGCCUUUGGUCUGGCUGAUUAUUUGGAAUCUGAAAUAAUACAAAAGAGAGAUAUAUGCAGCUACUCCCAAAUAAGAGAAAAAAGAAAGUAUUAUUUUGUUGACGAAACAAAUGAAAAUGAGUACGCAAAAUCUUACAAAAGCAGGAAGAAACAAAUAUACUUACUCCAUCACGGAAGUAAACACGCUCCACGUUCUAGGUGCCGGCAGCAAUGUUCCCCCUGUUCUGAAAAUUCUCACAAAAUAGCAGUACAACACUAAAAAAACUUAUUAGAAUAAAAAAUAUAUAUGUAUUGUGAGAACGAGUAUCCUUCUAGUGCAGAUUUAUGCCCACCAUAAAAAGAAGCAGUGAUAGGAACUGCAGUUAGCACAUCUCUGCACUGGGCAUCAAAAAAGAGAAGUGGAAGAGAAUAAAAAAACAAAGCAAAAAAGAACUAAAUCAAACCUAGAAGUGAACGCGUUUCACGUCACUACUGAAUGCUUUAGCUACAUCUUUUUUGAUGCCCGGAGCUGUGUUAGCUACAACUCCUAUCACUGCUGCUUAUUAUAGUGGUCAUGCUAUGUUCAUAAUAUUAUAAUAAAUCUGCACUACAAGGAUACUUGUUCUCUGAUAUCUUUUCUUUUAUUCCAUUAGGUUUUUGGAGUGUGGUACUGGUCUUCAGGCGCAAGCCAUUUUUCAGUCAGUCUGUUUAGAACACAAACAAAUUACAUAGUUCAGCAGUUUAUGAGAUCUGGCAAUAGCAUCCGGGAAGUUAAAAUAUGGUAUCCCUUUACACAAACUAAACAGUAUGAUAAUAGUAUUCAUAAAUGUCUUCAAGGAGAACUGUCACUGCCCAGGAUUUUUACAUUCAUGUUUACUCAUCUCCUAUAUUUAACAAAGACGUGUUUAUGAGCUUGUAAAAUAAAAAUAAAUAUUAGAAAUCCU